ACAGAAACGGCAGAACCCACCGCACCAUGGCGCUGCUCGCCGCCGCCGUACGCCGCCUCCCGCGCCACCUCCGUCUGCUCCACCCCCGCUGCCUGACCACCACAUCCCCGCUCCCUCUCCAUCCCGACCCCGAUGCCCCCACCCCAGAGCCGUCCCCCGUCCGCACACCGCCGGACGAGCAGUUCGCGGCUUGGGUCACGCGCCUCCGCCCGGGCUUCACCGCGUCCGACCUCGCCGCGGCCAUCUCCGCCGAGCCAGACCCGGACCUCGCGCUCGCGCUCUUCCGCUGGGCCGCGCUGCGCCCGGGGUUCCGCCACGCGCCCGAAUCCUACCUCGCCGCGCUCAGAGCGGCCUCGUCCGGCCGCCGCCCCGCUGCCGCGGAGGCGCUCGUCCACGACGUCUUCGCGGGGGCCUGCGCGCCCGACCUCCGGCUCUUCAACGCCUGCCUCCGCUUCUGCUGCGACCGCCGCAGCCUGUUCCCGCUCGCGUUCGACAUGUUCAACAAGAUGCGCGCCAUGCCCGCGGCCGCCGGAUGCCGCCCCGACGUCGAGACCUACACGCUCCUCCUCACCGCCGUCGUGCGCCGCGUGCGCCGACCGCCGGCGUCGCUGGUCUACCUCCACGCCGUCCGGUCCCUCUCCCGCCAGAUGAAGGCCUCCGGCGUUGUUCCAGACACCUUCCUGCUCAACCUCAUCAUCAAGGCCUAUGCAAGAUGCGUCGAGGUAGACGACGCGCUCAAGGUGUUCCGUGAAAUGCCGCUGUAUGGCUGUGAGCCAAACGAGUUCACCUAUGGCUACAUUGUCAAGGCCAUGUUUCAGAAGGGCUGGACAGACAAGGGGAUGGUUUAUUUUGCAGAGAUGAGGGAAAAGGGAUUUGUACCAUCGGGAGGCGUGUACAUGAUUGCUGUCUCGGCAUUGGCAUUAGAAUGGAGGUUUGAGGAAUCAAGACGGGUGCUGCUGGAUAUGUUGGAUUGCAAGAGGAAGCCGGAUAUGAUCACAUACAGGACACUGCUGGAGGAGAUGUGCCGGGCUGGGCAGACUGAGCAGGCGUUCGAGGUGCUGGAGGAGCUGAAAGGGAGGAAGCGAGGGCCAUUGGACCAGAGGAUGUACUCAGAAUUGCUCGAUGGGCUGCAUUGGAUUUCCCAGCCUCAUAAGGACAGCCGAACUGUCCAUGACAGGGGAUCUGAUGAUUGAAAAUGAUCAACAUAUUGUCUUGUGUUAUAGUGGUCUUCAUGGCCAUCCAAAAUCAAAUGCAUGAAUGGUUCUGGUUGA